AUGUGCUCCCGGGGGUCCUGCCACGACUACGAGUCCUCCUGCCACGGAUCCAGGUCUUCCUGCCACGGAUCCCGCUCCUGCCACGACUCGGGGCCCUCCUGCCACUACACCAUCCAGAGGCAGCCUGUGCAGAAGUUCAGCUACGUGACCCCCUGUUGCCCCCCGGUGCAGCGUUAUUGCCCCCCCGUGCAGAGUUAUUGCCCCCCCGUGCAGCGUUAUUGCCCCCCAGUCCCCUACUGCCCCCAGUACACCAAGAACAUCUGCAAGAUGCCACCAACGUACCCCAAGUACUGA